AUGGUUUCCGUUACUCCCCAAACGGGUGUGCUUCCAAUGCCAAAGUACUGCAUGCACACUCGGGGGGUUGAUUUUGCCGACAUUGGUGGCAAUAAUGUGCCCGUGACCCGAACCGCGAAAGUCAUUGGAUGUCGUGCCACGGCGUCACAAGUGCCCGUGUUCAACGCACUGGUCAUGGCUGCUGACGUUCAAGUCAUAGGUAUCGACAUUGGAGCAGAUCUUGCGUAUGCGGCGUAUAUGCCAACAUCUCUGACUGCACCAUGGGCACGGCCCAUGUUUGAGUAUACUGAGUGGUUCUUUGGCAUUGCAUUCACAAUUGAGAUAGUAAUGAAGUUCACUGCAUUCGGCCUGGACUUCGUGAAAGACCUCUGGAACUGGAUAGACACAUUCAUUGUUUGCUGUUGGUACAUCGACGUUGUCGCCAAUGACAUUCUGCCAAUCAAUACGACUCUGCUGCGCUUGCUGCGCUUGGUGCGGCUUCUGCGGCUGCUCAGGCUGGUUAGGCUGAUAAAGACUUUUGAUUCACUCUACCUCAUGACAACGGCUCUAAAGGGAAGCGCUCUUAUUCUGACCUGGGCCUGCGUAUUAUUGCUGGUCCUGCAGAUACUGCUGGCUCUCCUCCUGAACCAGAUUUUGUAUACCGUCUACUUCCCAAGUGAGAAUUAUCCUCUCGCUGAACGAUUGGAACUCUUUGAAUACUUUGGGACGUUUACUCGCUCAAUGCUCUCAAUGUUCGAGAUAACGCUGGGCAACUGGCCACCAGUAUGCAGGCUGCUCUCCGAGAAAGUUUCGGAAUGGUUUAUGCUGCUUUGUGUGUUGCACAAGCUGGUCAUUGGCUUUGCUGUCGUGGGAGUCAUCAACGGCGUGUUUAUCCAGGAAACCUUCAAAGUGGCAUCUUCUGAUAAUCAGAUAAUGAUGAGGCAGAAAGAGCGGUCGUCAAAUCUGCAUGAGAUGAAGAUGCGACAGUUGUUUCUGGAAGCUGACAAUGACCAAGACGGCUUGGUGAGCCGAGAGGAGUGGCGUGCACUGGUAAGCCAUCCUGCUGUACAGUUAUGGCUCGGCUCAAUGGACCUGGAUGCAGCGGAUGGCGAUGGACUGUACGAUCUUAUCCUCGAUGCAGACAAAGACGGGGACCUAACAAUGGAUGAGCUCAUCAGGGGCGUGGCCCGCCUCAAAGGGCAGGCCAGAAGUUAUGACCUACAGAUGCUGUUGCGGCAGGUGAAUUUCCUAACAGAUCAAGUUGAUAAAUUCAACCGCAAGUUCAUGGACAAGGGUGCUGGGUCCGCAGCGCUGCAGGACUUUGGCCCAGCGACAGAAGACGUUGGAAACGAAGGACAUGCAUAUCAAUUAAUGCAGGGAUCUGCCUGGAGGUGCAUGGAGUACCACUGUCGGAUUCUGAUUAUGGACACGCACAGGGGCGUGAAGGAGGAGAUUGAGCAUGCUAGCGACAGCUGCCUGGUGUUCGUAGAUGAGGAGAUGGGAGCUGGAGUGCUGGCCUGGAACUACUUCUUUGAGACCAAGCCUGUCCCGGUCAUCCUGCGAGCAAUUGAAGAUGCUCAUUUGGGACGUAGUGCUUUUCGAGACGGGAGGGCUUUGGAAGACGGCUUGGACGCUCUCGACUCGGGGUUUGUGAAUGCUCUCGGUGAGAAACGGCAUGUAAAAGUUGCGUUGAAAGACAGCACCUUCCAACGAUUCGGCGAUUUGAUAGAGGAUAACGACCUUGCGAAACAACAGAUCUCAGAGGCAAUUGCGGCAGGCAAGCAGGUGGAGUGCGAGAUUUACGAGAAGGGCAGGGAAGCGUCUCGCAGCAGCGCAGUCUGCACUUUUCGCACCUUCCCGGCCUGGAAGUGCAAUGUUGUGUUCAUGCAGUCGCCAUAUGAAGGUCGGGUCGCAGAAUCCUUGGCAGUGGAGCUUGCGAACAGCUGCAAAGGGGCCGGGCAUCGCUGCUUCGGGGCCGUGGUGGACUUCAGAGGAGCAGGUGCUCGUGUGAUCCUGAGAAGUGGGCCGGGAGGCCCUGACGUCUCACAGGUCGCCCGACACUACGAAGGAAGUGGGUCCAGUACGCGAGCAUUCUUCAUGAUUGACGCUGCUAACGUUGAUAGUAUGUUUGUCAAGCCCGAGAUUGUUUUGCGACAAGUUGCACUUGAAGACGAGCAUUGUCUUCAAGCUCAGCCCGGGGACAAUGUAACAGUGAUCUAUCGAGGUGAGCGAAAGCCUUCGACCCCUUUUGAUCAGUGGUCCUGGUGCUACAAGUCGGACGAUCCAAAGCAGGAGGGCUGGUUGCCGACCUUCGCGCACACGCUGUUCGUGGCGACGAGAAGUGAACCUAGCGGUGGGCAAGGCACGGAGAAGGUGAGCGAAGGAGAUCUGAUCCUCCCUUUGGCCCUCCGUGGCGACUUCCUCCUCGGCACUCGGCUGUCGCUUGGGCCGGCGAAUCUGUCGAAUGACUGGUUUCCCUUCGACCAUGACCUCUACAAGCCAGUGCAACCCAGCUCGGCAAAAGUCAUUGUUGAAGAGGCCAACCUCUUUUAUGAGCCUGACAUCCGUGUCGCUGGCUAUGGCUGUGCAUAG